AUGAGACUGAGUGAGCUGAAAAAGAAAAAGAAAAUUAUGAAUAGAAGUUGUCUGAUGCUUCUUACCAAGUCUGUUGAUCCUUUAAUUAUUCUGUUUCUCCUUUGUCAAAUUGCAGAGCCAGCAACGGACAGUUCUGCAGGGCCAGCAAUACCGCCUUCUGCUGGGCCAGCAAUACCGCCUUCUGCAGGGCCAGCAAUACUGCCUUCUGCUGAAUCUGAGGCUCUUUCCACAAUCAUAUUCAACUUAGUUUUAAGUUCGUCACCACUUGUUUCAGAAUCCUAUUGUGACGAGGAGCACGAUCUUGGUUAUGGCAAAGUCAUCAAUUGCACCAAUAUCAGCAAUACUUGGCACAUCACUCACAUAAUUUUGAGGAGUGUACCUUUAGAUGGAUAUAUCAGUGCUGUUGUGAAAAAUCUUAACUACCUGGAGAUGCUUGAUCUAUCCAACAACAAUCUUUACGGUUCCAUUCCUCCCGAACUGGGGAGUUUAUCUCAUCUUACUCACCUAAACCUCGCAAACAAUAAGUUGACAGGGUCAAUACCUCCGAAUUUGGGGAAUUUGACGAACCUAGCCAUUCUAUACCUCUACGGCAAUCAGUUGGCUGGACUUAUACCUACGGAUUUGGAGAAUUUGAAGAAGCUAGAAACACUGGACCUCUCAUAUAAUCAGUUGACUGGACCUAUACCUGAGCGUCUGGGGAAUUUAAAGAUGCUAAAAACACUAGACUUCUCAAAAAAUCAACUGACUGGAGCUAUUCCUAGCCAUUUGGGGAGAUUGGAGAAGCUAGAAACACUCUACCUGUUUAAGAACUUUCUCAAUGACAGCAUCCCACCAUCUUUUGGUAGUCUUUCAUCUCUGGAAGACAUGGACUUAUCGUUUAAUAGGCUAUCAGGCUCAAUUCCUGGUGAACUUGGCAAACUUGGCAAACUCGAGACUUUAUAUUUUAAGGAGAAUGAACUAAACGGUGCACUUCCAAAAGAACUUCGAAAUUUAAGCCGUCUUGGGACUCUCUCUUUGUCAUCCAACAAUUUCACUGGGAAUUUGCCCGACGAGUAUCAAAAUAUUACGACCAUGAAGUAUUUUUACGUCGCCGGGAACUAUUUGACGGGUCCGUUUCCCAAAUUCGUUAUUAAAUGGGUCAAUCUCUCUUCCCUAGAUCUCGGAGGAAACAAUUUCGAAGACAAUCUGCCUUCGGAAAUUUUUACAAUGACUAAUCUUCAGACUUUGAGGGUUACUGAUCUGAACCACACCGGUUUUCAGUUACCAAUGUCAAUUAAUUUGACAAACAUGGGUACUCUGGUACUGCGGAACUGCAAUAUCAUCGGUCAAAUCCCAUCAUUUAUAUUUGAUGAGAACACAUAUAUGAGCCGACUUGACCUGAGCUUCAACAAGUUUACUGGUGUGAUCCCAAAUUCCAUUCUGAAUCUGAAAUCAAGUAGUAGCAUGUUUCUUUCCGGAGAUGUGAUCAAUCAGGCAAUUCUCCGCUGGAUUAAUAACACAGUAAAAUCUAAGGGGGGUAUUUCAUACAAUAAUUUUACAACUGAAGAAGCAGCAGUAAAGAAGGGUAUUUCACACAAUAAUUUGACUGUUGAAGCAGAAAAGAAGAAUGUGAAUCUUUCAAAUAUAAAUAUUGAACCGAAUAACAGGGAAUCCCUCAAGCAGAUCAUGGAUAAUCGUUGUGGUACAAGAAAAUCCAAGUACCAUUCUUUGUUUAUAAAUGCUGGUGGCGAGCGAAAAAACUUUGAACAAAAUGUCUUUGAUGAAGAUAAUUCAACACUGUUAACUACUUUGUAUGAAAAUUCAGAAAAGCCCUGGGCUUAUAGUUGUUUGGGAGAGUUCGAAUCGUCAAGCGAUUCCACAAAUUACAUACAGAACGUUACAUGUGGAACUUCUGUUCCUGAGUUAUAUGUUAAAGCUCGUAUUUGCCCUCAAUCUCUAACAUAUUAUGGUUUCUGCUUACACAAUGGCCAUUAUAAUGUGAAACUUCACUUCGCUGAAAUUGUAUUUGCAAAAGAUGAAGACUAUAGCAGUUUAGGGAAGCGAGUUUUUGAUAUAUAUAUUCAGGGGAAGCAAUUAGGAAGAAAUUUCAACAUAAAAAAAAAUACUGGGAAUACUCCAAAUAUGGAGUGGAUUGAAAAUUUCAAAGAUAUUUAUGUUCAUGAUAAUCUACUGGAGAUCCGUUUAUUCUGGGCCGGAAAGGGAUCUAAUUAUGAUCCGCUUGAUCUGAAUGGACCUCUCAUAUCAGCUAUUUCUGUCACUCGAAACAUCAAACCAUUACCGAUAGCAUGGAUUGCGGUUGCUUCUGUAUUAACUGGACUUCUUCUAUUGGUUCUUGUAUUGGCUUUUAUGUGGAGAAUGGGAUAUCUGGGAGACAGAGAGUUGCGUGUGACAAAGGUGGAACUCCGAGGCAAGUCUUACACUAUUAAACAAGUGAAAGAUGCAACUCGAAAUUUCAGCCCUACGAAUAAGAUUGGCAAUGGGCGUUUUGGGAUGAUAUACAAGGGUCAAUUGCCAGAUCAAACGGUAGCUGUGAAGAAGCUUUCUUUUCAAUCAGACAUUGAUCAAAUAGGAACUGAAGUCUAUGCCUUGAAACAGUUAAAGCAUGACAAUCUUGUCGAAUUGUUGGAUGUUUAUUCCAAAAAGGACCUACACUUGCUGAUUUAUGAAUAUAUGGAAAAAGGCUCACUUACAGAAGUAUUGUUUGAUGAGUCAAAUUUUAAAGAGACACUUGAUUGGCCAAAGAGAGUUAACAUAUGCCUUGGAAUAGCAAGGGGUCUAAAGUAUCUACAUCAAGAUCAUACAAGUGGUAAAGUUGUUCACAGAAAUGUUAAAGCAAGUAAUAUUCUACUUGAUGGAAAUCUUAACCCUAAGGUUUCGGACUUUGGACUGGCAAAGCUUUAUGACGAGGAAAAUCCAUAUCAGUUCAUUAAAGAAAUAGGAACAGUAGUAAAUAUGGCACCUGAGUAUGCAAUGCGGAAAGCCAUAACAGACAAAGCUGAUGUUUAUAGUUAUGGAGUACUUCUGCUUGAAAUAGUUAGUGGAAAGAGUAAUUCAAAGAGCCAAAAAAACCAAGAGAACGAUUAUCUUUUAAAUACGGCUUGUGUUUUACAUUCAGAGCAAAUGCUUUUGAACUUGGUGGAUACAAAUCUGUCUGGAGAAUAUGAUAAAAAGCAAGCUCUUAAAAUGCUGGAUUUGGCUAUACAGUGCAUUAAUCUUUCACCUACUCUGAGGCCUACAAUGCUCGAAAUUGUGAGUGAGCUUGAGCAAAUUUCUAAUGUCAACGCUCUCCCUCAGCUUGAUUUUUGAGCAUUUGGUUUUUAUCAAAAUCGUUUAUGGAAUAGGCUUCCUACCUUUGUCCUUGUCUCUUUUUUUGAGGUUCAUGUCAUCAUUUCUUUUAUUUUCUUCUGGUUCCUCUGUUUUCUGAUUGUUUUCAUAUUACUCUGUUAAAGAAGUUUUACAGAAGUCAUACCAUUCUGUGGAACCUCAAAUUAAAUUGAUAAUAGUGAGUGUGAUUGUCAAUAGUAGUUUUUCUGAAGGAAAAGACAUAUUUCUCGGAAGAAGGUCCACAAAGUUUCUGUUUUUAAGUUCCUUUGCAUGCCAUUCAAAGCUGAAGAUCAAUUUGUCACAUCCAAUCACAAAUGUUAAUACAAGAUCUAACAAUUUGUCACAAAUUCAAUUUAAAAACCCAGUCAGUCCCGCCAUUAAAGUUAUAGAAUCUUCAAACUUAAUUCCUUUCUAUUGUCAGUCAGGUUCUUUGCUUCCUAUUAGAAUCUGUCCCUUUUGUGCCUUUAAAUUUUUAAUUUUCGUUGUUAAGUCUUUACAACUUAGUGCAGCAAGAAAAUUAAUGCUCUCACGUUAGCUAGAGAGUCAGAUUCAAACCUGUUUCUUGCAAACGUUUACAACCAUACUCUGUUCUUCUCCGUGCUAACAUUUCUAUCUUCUCUUUGCAAGAAAUAAGACCUUAAACUUUUUUCUGUUUUGGGAGCUCUUCCGUUCUUUCUAUCACAUACGUUCUUGAAAAGUUAAGGUAUGUGCUAUUUCGAAAUCCCUUUCAAAUUUAUAGCUAAGUUCUUUGUUUGUUUGUCCAUUAAAUGUUACCCAAAAAACAUUCAAAAGUUGAUUUAAGCCAUUAAUCCGUAUACGUCAAAUAAAUUAGACUUUUAUUGAUGAAUACUAAAAAUUAAAACAACAAAACUUAAUAAUUCAGAUUUGAACAUGAAUUCACAAAUAAGAUUCGAACGGAAGUUAUGGCGACAGAUGCUAUGAUUAAGACGCUGACAGAUAAGGUGUUCAGGCCUUUAAUUAAUCGAGCUCAGUUUGCACUUGAUUUUAAAGAUCAGUUUGAAAUAAAAUAAUGAAGACAAAGCUUGAGCUUAUGACAGCCUUCCUCUCCUCUGCUGACAACCUCAACUCAUCAUCAGGAAGUUGUUCAAAGAAUAUUGCCUAAUAUAACCAUGCCACGUUAUACAUAAAUUGAACAUCAAAUGGUCUUAUAACAAAGUCUCAUAUAUGAAAAUAAAUCUAUGGCCUAAUUAGUUUUUUCUUCGAACUUGUCUGGACCAAAUUGAUAAAAAGAAAACAAACGGAAAGAUCAAGGAAGUCCACUCUGUAAUCCAUUAAAAUAUCACUAAAAAUGCUCCAAAUCAUGUAGAGGGAGUGUUGACCUUAGGUGAAAGAUUCCUUAGAGCAUUGGACAGAAUUUGAUACUUGGAGUCUUGGGUGCAUCUGCAAAGUUCAAAAGUUCAGAAGGCGCUUUAAUAAACUCUGUUUGGGUUUAAGCGUAAAAUGUAAAAAGCUUAGCAAAGUGCACCGUUUUGUAUUGUAAUAUUUGUGUGUAUAUAAAACACACCGUUUUAGCUUGUAUCCCCAACUA